AUGGCAACAGGUUUAAAAAAUAGGAUUCAUAAGAAGUUCCUUUUUUCAGUCGUCUCCAUGUUCCUUUCAGCUGGUCCUAUAGUUCCCCUUCCUCAGGAAUGUCUUCCCAGUGAAAGAACACAGACUGCAGAAACCCUGUCCCGAUGGAUGCUAAAGCCAACUGCAAAGUGGAAACAAAGAGCAACGCCAUCACCUGAAGACUUCUCUCCUGCCAAGCGACACACCCACACGCUGCAGUUUCAGCCAGUAGCGUCUCAGAACAAGAGGCAAGCUUUUCAAGAGACAGAAACCCUUAAGAAAGCUAUCUAG